GCGAAACGUCAAAUAUGUAUAUUGAUUGUGCAAUUAAUUUAUAUUUAUGCGAAUAAUUUCAAUUAAUUCUCAACGAUUUAAACUCACAAUUAAAUAAAUGACAAAUAAAAGAUGAAGUGAAUUUUUAUUUUGCGUCUUCCAGUGUAUGAAUCAGUUUAUGUAGGUUGUUUUCAAUUUGAUUUAGUACGAGUUUCAAUGUUCUUGUCAUUUGUUGUGGUUAAUUAGGCAGCAGGAUUAAAAUUAUGGUAGAGAACGGUGCAUCAAGUGGGGGCAGCGAUAGCCCUAAUGCAACAUGUGCCCGUUCUGGACUUCUAGAAACUUUGGUACGCGGUGUAUGGUAUAGAGUACAUUGCUCUUUGGAGGAUGAUUAUCUGAGUGUAUGUUUGGACGAUGGGUACGAUGCGACCACUACUCUUAAUGGGACACUUAAUAAUAACAAUGUGGAGACUCCUAACAGUGACUUUACAGAGGUACCCGAAGCUAUAGCAAAUCAAAAACGUUUAGUGCAAGUGGUAAAAUCUGAUAAUAAUGGCUUAGGGAUAUCAAUAAAAGGUGGCAUAGAGAACAAUAUGCCUAUAUUGAUAUCAAAAAUUUUCAAAGGUAUGGCAGCAGAUUUAACAGAACAGUUAUAUGUUGGUGAUGCUAUUUUGUCAGUCAAUGGGGAAGAUUUGAAGGAUGCAACACAUGAAGAAGCAGUAAAAGCUUUAAAAAGAGCAGGGAAAAUGGUUCAGUUAGAAGUAAAAUAUUUGCGAGAGGUGACACCUUAUUUCCGUAAAGCUUCAAUCAUAAGUGAGGUUGGCUGGGAACUGCAGCGUGGUUAUAUGGCAGAGGCGCCACCCUCCCCACCUUCGCCGCGGCGACGUCGUGCAGAUACUCGCUAUGUGCCUUUGUUGAUGGCUUGUGUAGCCAAGAAUCUAAGGCACCAUGAUCCAGAGGAGCGUACGAUCGAAGUGUACUCUCCGGACGGCGUGCACGCGCUGGCGCUGCGCGCGAGCUCGGCGGGCGCGGCGGCGGGCUGGCACCGCGCGCUGCACGCGGCCGCGCGCCGCGCCGCCCGCGCCGCCCUCGCGCGCGCGCGCCCGCGCCUGCGCCCGCUGCUCGGCGACGUGCGCUACGCCGGCUGGCUCGCGCGCCGCCCGCCGCAGGACCAUAUGAGCGCCUCUGGCGGGUCGGAUAGCUCCGACGAAGCGGAAGGUUGGCAACCGACGUUCGUCGCCAUUACCGAUCGAGAAUUGAGGCUGUACGAGGCAGCGCCGUGGUCGGGCGAGGCGUGGUGCGCGCCUACCGAGAGCUUCGGCCUGGCGGCGACGCGGCUGGCGUGGUGGCGGCGCGGCGGCGGCGGCGGCGGCGCGGGCGGCGGCGGCGGCGCGGCGGCGCUGGGCGUGCGCGCGGGCACGGCGGGCGGGCUGGCGGUGCGCGCGCUGCGCGCGGACACGCCGCACGACCUGGCGGCGGUGGCGGGCGCGCUGGUGGACGGCGCGCACCAGGCGGUGCGCGCGCAGGCCGAGUUCACGUUCCGCUGCCGGUUCCGCGGCGCGUGCGCGCGGCUGUCGCUGGGCGCGGCGGGCGUGUGCGUGUGGGAGGCGGCCGGCUCGCUGGGCCGCGGCGGCGCGCGCGCGCUCUACCGCCGCCCGCUGCACGCGCUGCGCGCCUCCGCCGACGACGACCACUCCGCGCUCUGGCUGCACUUCGCCGACGAUGACACUGUUGAGUUGGACAUGGAAGGCAGCCCGAAGCCGGCGGUGUUCAUCCUGCAUAAUCUAUUGUCGGCGCGCGUACACUCGCUGCCGGGCGGCGAAGCAGCUGACGUCAACCCCCUAUAACCCGAGCCACGCCACUAGCAGCCAACAAAUGGCGGUAAUGCAUUUUUGAAUCUCUAAUUAUUAUCUGAUUACAUUACAGAGAUAAAUCUAAAUAGAUGUCGCAGGCGGGCCAUAUUUUUUUGCCACUUCAAGGGGUGUUUUCUACGAGAAUAGAACAGGCGCUUAUAGUACGUAAACCACGCAGACGAUGGUGUUUUCAAACUAUUUUCACAUUCAUUUUAAAAAUGGGAACAUCUGUUGUCACAUCGGUGGCGAUAUAUUUAACUACGAUAACAAUAACUAAUAUAAUAGCUUUGUUUAAUACGUGGGAAUCCUCGUAAAACUGAUUGGAAACCUAUAAUUCUUUAGUAAUUAUAGAGACGUUCUUGAUGUUCAAUUACGUGUAAUGUAGCUAGAGUCCGAUUAAGAGCUUUCUAUUCAACAAGUACAAGUGAACAAAUAGGUACAUUUGCGGCAUCUAUUUAAUUAUUUCUGUUGAUUACUCUGUACACGUAAGAACUUCUGAACAUGUUUAGAGUAAACAGGUAGUACCUACUCAUACAAGUCUUGAAAAGAUCGACUAUAAAGACAAGAUUCUGGAAUAUGUAAUAAUUAUGUUGUCAUGUUUACUCCUAAGAUUUAAAGCAUGCUUUAAGUUAUGAUAUAUAUAGAGUAGCAAAUGAUAGAAUUAUGUUCGUUUAAAUAUAGACAGUCAACCGAAAGUCAAACAGUAGUCGAGGAACUGUUUGACUCUUAAAUUUACAGAACAGAAAAACAGGAGAAGUGUAAAGUAGACAAAUUGCGUGUUAUAUAAUUAAUUAUAAUUAGUUCUAGAAUAAUCAAAUAUUUGCAUCGUUGUAGUUGACUUUAAUUUCGUAAUUGUAUCACCUCGCUGUUAUUAAUGAAAGUAAAAGACUAUUUUGAAAAACGCAAAAUCUACAGUCGUGUAACAAUUCUGUUAAAAUUUAUUUUCAACAACAUUUGACACCAAUUUCUUUCUUAAACAAAGUUUAUUAUAUUGAAUACUAUUAUUGUGAUAUAUAAGUACACACACAUGUAUAUAUUAAAAUGUUACACUAUAAAGUAACAUUUUAUUGUAAUAUUCGUUUAAACUUCUUUAUACGAGUCCAUAUUCAUAUCAACAUAUCUGCGGUGGCUCAGGAAAUAUUUAGGAAUAUAUUUGCCAUAUCAUAUUAUGGUAUUGAUCUGCCUAUUUUCUAUAUUCUUUAUAGAACUACCUAUUAGUAUCUCAAUAGUAUUUUUUUAACAUUAUUUGUGAAUUUGGUAUAGACAUGGAAUGGAGGACAUUGGUACGUAUUUACAUACUUACACAAUAAAUAUGCUUGAUAUGUUAAUGCUAUAUAAAUACAAAAUAAAACACCAACAUGUAGGACAUUAUUACAAAAUUGUAUUAAUUUAUCCUCAUUAUAAAUUGUGAUUACCUUGUAAUGAUAAAAUUAAUUAAUUAUAAUUAAUGGGAUUGAAAGUAAUUGGAAAAGUAUCUCCGAUAUCAAUUAUUAUCACUAUCGUAAGUAUGUCUACAGAUAAGUUAGUGCUGUUUUUGUGAAGAAUUAAACAAUAUUAUUUGAAUAAUUUUCAUAGAGUCAUUAUAGAUGUAACGGUAUAAAGCGUCGUUCACUUAACGCCGUGCGGUCUUAUACCACCGUAUCAUCAGAGACGUACCUUCUAUUAGCCGCGUUCAUACAUUUCGGGCCAUCUAUAUGUACAUAGCGAGAUUUCUUGUUUAAUACAGAAUAAUCGAUAAUUGGAACUAGUUAUUCAAAAAACAUCCUCUUUACCUGUAAUGUCCUAAGAGCAGUUUUUUUUUGCAUAACUAGCUAAAUUAUUGUAAAUUAUCUUUUUGUUUUUUAUUUUAAUAUUUUCGUUACGUUUAGUAAAAUAACUUUAAUAGUUAUGCCAAAAUAUCGUCUAGGAAUCUAAUAGCAAUGAUGAUUGAUACAUAUAUUAAAACAUGCAUCGGAACACUGAGGGCCGACAUGCACUUGACAUAGAACUAUGUAAAUUAGUAUAUACAAAAUGUACGCAAGUAUUUUUGCAUCCAUCCCUAACGAGCACUAACAGCGCCCGACGCUGGAGUCGUGUGAAUGACGCCUUAGUAUUAGAAGGUUGAUUAUAUUUGUUUGAAAAUUUCGAAGUGUGAAUCUCAAUUCAAAAUUUUUUUAAGUUUAAUUAUGAUAGUUGAGAGCCAUUUGUAUAAUAUUUUUUUACCUAUACUUUUUAUACCUACUUUUAGUAUUACGUUUAGUGAUUUCCUUAAAAACACUAAUAAUCUCAUACCCGCGCCUUGGUUGAAUGCAUAAGUAUGUUCGAAUUAGAAUUGGCGAAAUACUAGUAAAUUUUUGUUCAGGAUUAUUUUACGUGAUAAUUUGCUUUUAAUUAUUAUUAAAUAUUUACAAGUGUCUUAUGCAAAUUAGAAUUAUACUCGUUUCUGCCUUAUAUUGAUGACUAGAAUAGAUGUAAAUGAUUAUGCGUUUACGACUUUUUGUACUAUUAUAAUACUUUAGAUUUUUGAACGGCUUACUGAUUUUUAAAGCAAAAAAGAGAUUAUCUAUAUAUGUGACGGCGACUAAAAAAUAAUGGCGUCACUAAUCGGUCCGCGCGGGUACGAAAGUUCUACCGUAUAUUUACAGUACAAUAAGCUGAUAUUAACUUCCAAAGAAUUAAUCUCAUAUAAUUAUUUUAAAUUUGUAUAUUAUGCGAGUGUGUAAGUGAAAUAGGGGUGGCGGCUGACUCGUCUAAAACUAUGGCGCAGUUAUAUUGUAACAGUUCACUCUAGUGGCUUAAUGUAAUACGGAUAUAUUCAACUACUACUAUAAAGCAACUAACUAUACUUUUAUACAUAAAUCGAGUUUGUACCGCGUUGGUAAUUUUUUGAUUAUGCUGUGAUUGCAUAGGUUUGAAAUCGGUAUUUUACAAAUUCUAAUAUCGGAAACUCCUGUUAAAUAAUUUCAAUAAAAAAAGAAUGAGACUUCAUUGGAGUAGUCUUUUAGUUUAAGGUGUAAUCAACUUGAAUUGGAUUACUUAUACAUUUUUGUUUUCAAAUUUCUUUUUAGGAAAGAUGUGUGUACAUGCUAAUGUUAUUUCGCUCAUUUUACAUGCAAUAAAAAGAAAAAAAUAUAUACGGCGCCAUCUUUGAGACUUAAGCCGGCAUCCCUGUUGCAGAUAUUUUUCUAAUAUGUAUGUAGACACAUUGAAACAUUCCCAGAAUGUAUUUAAUUAGAAUUAUGCUUUAAUUUUCUGUAGUGAGUUAUUUAUAGCACAGAAUGAAGGGUCGGUAGCUCGGGUUGUAUAUUGAAGUAUGUUACCUAUCAUUACUGUUUUAAUUUUUCAGGGUCUUUGCUGAUUUUAUAUUAAACUGUAAAGUUCUUAUUAAAAAGUCAUUACUCGUUUUACGGAUUCUUGUAGAAAACUGUCAAUUAGAUGAAGAGCAAAAUAUGAAUCCUCUUGAGAAUUAUCAAAUUGGUGACUUUAGACAUCUGGUUCUAAUGAGUAUCGUACUUUGUUAAUAGCUACAUUGUGCUUUUUUUUUGCCGAUUUUAAAUCCGAGUCAUUUAACUGUUUUUCUUUUUUUAUUUAUUGUAUAUAUUACGCCAUAUCAUUACAAAUUGUGAUCGGAUUUCGACGGCUUUCUAUUUAAUUGAAAGUAUUUAGGUUUUCAAAAUUUAGUCUGUGUUAGUUUUUUUUUAAGAAAAUUCUUAAAUUACCUCAUGAAUAUUUAAAGACUCAAAUACUAUGCUAAUGGUAAUUCUAUGGUCAACUCGAGGCGCUGUACAUCUCGAUGUCUUAUAAGCUAGCUUAAGGUUUCAUGUACAUUACGUAGUUAAUAAUAACGGUCGUACGACUAAACGGGCAAUAUGUGAAGUGAUAACGAAUUACUUUUUAGAUAUAUUUAUUUUAUUAUCAGAAAUUUACAUAUUUCGUUUAAAGCUAUUAUAGGAGUUUAGCGUAAUAUUGUUUACUCUGUACUCAGUAUUUGUAAUUCAUAUCUUGCUGACAUAUUUUGUACUUUGUAAACUAUAUGAUUGUAUAUUUAAUAACAUAAUACACCUGUUGUCUAACAAAUGGCACUUUAUCGACUAAUGACUACUUGAUAUCUAAAUAAUGAUAUUCUCUUUAGGAAGGAGUACUUCAUCCGUUUGUGACGUGUAUGCGGCGGGAGAGGCAUAAUAUUCCUCUUUCGUUUGUUGACUCGUAUUCCUUUGUAAUAAAUAUUUCAUUUCACUAGUGGAACACACUUUUAAAAGUAUUUUACUAUGUUUGUAAUUUUAAAUAUUUGAUUUCACUGUAUAUUAAUAGAAAUAAGUCAGUUAUUGUUAUUUUAUGUUUAAUUUGAUUGUAGAGAAAAAAAUAUCUAUUUAAGUAAACUGUCAAGUAGACUCUGAUUUCUGUCUUUUUUAAAUAAUUAUUAAGUUUAAAAAAAAUAUUGUUUAUUAUUUGCAAUUAUAUAAAGUCCGUUGUUAGACAAUAUCCGUAUCUAUAUACACAACAAUGUUUAACUGUAAGUCUUUCCAUUAUUAUAACUUAUCAAGGAAAAUGUAAUCAUCGCUAGGUUUAAGUAGAUAUCUUUGAAUAAUGAAGCUCUUUAAACUUACUCUAGUUACCGUAUCUUGUAAUAUUUCAAAACUAAAAUUAUUAAGGAACGUAUGUGUUACCAUAACGAAUAUUUAACACAAAGUGUUGCCAUAUCACUAACUUGAAACUAAUGCUAAGACAUAAUAACUUGUAAUCUCCUAGAAUUUCUACUGGUGACAUUCCUUCGUAUGUUUUUUUUAUCUUUAACGUGAUUACUGUUAUAUAUAACUAAAUAAAUUAAGAAAAUUUUUAAAUGUAUGUUUUAAAAAGCAAAAGUUGGCUUUCAUUGUAUUGGCUAACGCUUAUAGUGUUUUUUGCGAUUGCAUGAAAUUGGAGAAUUAGUUCCGGAAUGUGACCGUAGAGGUUAGUUCCGGGGUUAAUUCCAAAAUCAGGCAAAUACUUUAUCUGUAUUUUUUUUUAAUAAUAUCUAAUGAUUUUAUUUAAAAAUUGGGAAUACUAAAUGCUAGUUACGUUCAAACACUGACAUAUUUUAAGCAGCGUAAAUAAGUGCUUUUAUUUACUUAUUUUUAUAAAAACUAAUACGGGUCAUAUUUCUGAGAAAGUCUUUAUUAUGUUUUAUUAUAUACUUAAUUGUAACUAUUUAGAGACUAACCUGAUUGAUAUUAAUUAUUAUUACUUUUUAAAAAUAUACUUUUUUUUUAUUUGUAGUACUUCUUUAAUUAUUAUUUAUUUGAUCAUAAACAAUAAAUUUGCAUAGGCAUAAAUCAUUAAUUUAUCUCAAUUUAUAUAAUGUAUAAUUGGUAUUUGUAUAAUACUUUUGUAGUAUCUGAAAAUGCUUUACCCGGCAUAAUAUUCGUUGGUGUAAUAUUUAUUAUUUCCUCUUCAGGCAAUUGUUUUUCUGAUUAUACCUGAAGAAGCAAUGGAAAUAUUACAACAAAAACGAUGUUAUAUUUAUUGUUUGUGCUCAAUUUAUUUAUUUAAUCCAAACUAUUUAAAAAGCUUUGUUAAUAUUGGUAUAUAAAGUUCUGUCAUUAAGAAGCAUUAAAAACAACGAAGAAAUA